UUCGUUCAUCUCCUCCCUCUCCACUGCAAUGCGGUGGAGAUCCGCGACCGUCUCCUAGUUACUCUCACCUGUUAUCCGGGUGCGCUCCUCCUCGGAUCUCGCAACCCCUUCCCCAUAGCCCCGCCCGUCGAUCCUCCAUAACACGGCGGACCUCGCUUAUUACUCCAUAUCAUGGGAAUGUACGAGCUCAUCAGUGGGGACAGCCGCGGGAUCGCCGAUCCCAACAAGAACCUCCUCGCCAUCGACGGCGACGAUGGCUUGCCCCAAAAGGGCGACAUCGAGUCCGGCAAAAUGGUUACCGGAUCCUCGCCGAUCGCCGCCAGCGGGCGGGAUACCGCCUCCGCCAGGAAGGGGCAGCGUCUUGUCUCGCUCGACGUCUUCCGGGGAAUCACCGUCGCGGCGCAGAAGACGUACCAUGGCUGCUCACCUUUCCCCUCAAAAUGGAGAAAUAAUUGCAUGCACCAGGCCCAAGUGAACUAGGGCAACUCCCGGAGCAUAUGCACGGUGGAAAGCGCACAAUCGGGAAUUGGGGCAAUAUACGCGUGGCGUGUUAUCCACCGUGGGAUUUAACGCGGUCCGAUCGCAUCUGGUGAUCUGCUGUGGUCCCCUACGCUCGUGGUUAUGAAGUACUCUAUUAAUUAGCUGAUGGUCGUGGUAGAUGAUGCUGGAGCAUUUGUUCCAGCAAUCAAUCAUUCACCAUGGGAUGGUGUAACCAUCGCUGAUUUUGUGAUGCCAUUUUUCUUAUUUAUUGUUGGAGUUGCGUUGGGACUCGCAUAUAAGAGAGUCUCUGACAGGGCUGCAGCAACCAAGAAGGCUGUACUUCGGGCACUGAAGCUAGCCAUUUUAGGUGUCAUUCUUCAAGGUGGUUAUUUUCAUGGCAUUCACAAUCUAACUUAUGGAGUUGAUAUUAUGAGUAUGCGAUGGAUGGGUGUACUACAGAGAAUUGCAAUAGCCUAUCUGUCAGUAGCAAUAUGUGAAAUCUGGUUGUCAAGUGAUGGCGAUGUGGAUUCUGGGUAUUCCUUGCUGAGGAGAUACAUAUUCCAAUUGUUCGUGGGUUUGAUUCUUACAACCAUUUACAUGGCCUUCUUAUACGUGUUGUACGUUCCUGACUGGGAGUAUGAGAUACCGGAGGCGGCCUCCAGUCCCAAGACCAUCUCUGUGAAGUGUGGAGUUAGGGGUGACACUGGACCUGCUUGCAAUGCUGUUGGCAUGAUUGACCGCAAAAUCCUGGGCAUCCAACAUCUAUACAAAAGCCCAGUCUAUGAAAGGACAAAGCAAUGCAGCAUAAAUUCCCCAGAUAAUGGACCACUUCCACCAGAUGCUCCUUCCUGGUGUCAGGCACCUUUUGAUCCUGAAGGGCUACUUAGUUCCAUAAUGGCGGUCGUUACCUGCUUGAUCGGUUUGCAAUUUGGGCAUGUUAUUGUACAUUUUGAGGAUCACAAGGAUAGAAUCUUUCAGUGGAUGAUUCCUUCCUCCAUCCUUUUAGCUUUGGCCUUUUCACUGGAUUAUUUUGGACUGCAUAUGAACAAGGCUCUGUACUCAUUAAGUUACGCAUGUGUCACGGCUGGUGCAGCUGGGAUUCUUUUUGCUGGAAUCUAUGUGCUGGUUGAUGUCUAUGGCUUUAGGCGACCAACCUAUGCAAUGGAAUGGAUGGGAAUGCAUGCAUUGAUGAUUUAUAUCCUAGUUGCCUGCAACAUCUUGCCGGUUUUGAUCCAGGGGUUCUAUUGGGGUGAACCUCAGAACAACCUGUUGAAGGUUCUUGGAAUUUGAUCAUCUUCUACAAGCACUGGGGGGAGAAUUAGCCGUAGCCGCAUUUUGCAUGACAUUGGUACAACGGAGGCUGCAUAUCAUGAUACUCUCUCACCAAAAUAGAGCUGCCCAACACUGUGGUCCACAUCAACGCCUCUGAAGGGAGGAACAGAGGGAGGGCCUCCAUUUUGUAUAUGGCGGGGGAGUUAUAGUUAGAUGUUGUAUGGUUUGUUGUUCUGUUACGGGGCCUUAUCUAUGCGAGGCAUUGCUCUUUUAACCGUGUUAAGAUGUGGUAGCUUAAAAGCUCGGGCGCAGAUAUAGAUGGUAAUAUAUUAGUGCCAGCAGUUGAACGUA